GAUUGUAGAUUGGUUUGCGAUUUAGAGCUGACAUCUGGGAGGCGGUGCUUAUUUAAAUAACCUUGUUGCAAAUGUUUUCUCUUUCACUUAAGGAAUUGUUUUUGUGGGCUAUACUUUAUCAACGUCAUAAAAUGGCUUUAUAUUUUUGGGAACGAAGUGAAGAUUCCUUGACACUAGCUUUGAUUGCUUGUUGUCUGUAUACAGAUAUGAGUAAACUGUUACCAACUUAUGAUACAGAAGGCAAAACGAAGUAUGAAACUUAUGUGGAAGAAUUUGAAAGUUUAGCGAUUGAUGUAUUAGAGGAGUGCAAUGGAAUUGACCCGGAAUUCACAUUGUAUUUGGUUGAAGGUGAAUCAUCAUUAUGGGGUGGUUUCAAUUGUCUUCAACUUGCCGCUCAAUCUGUUCGACGUAAAUUUAUUAGUUCUCAAGCCUGUCAAAACUCUUUGGAUUUCGCAUGGUGUCAUGGUAUGCGUGCCAAUAUGUUGAUAACGUCUGCCAUCUUGAUUUUACCAUUUUUAUUGUACUUCGAUCAUAUUUUGUCAUGGGAAGAUAAACGUCCACAUGUCAGUGUAAAUUAUAAUCAUCGAGGUGUAACUAGAUCUACUGAAAAUGCAGGUGAUGUGCUGGAUCAAGAGAGUAUUUCUAAUCAACAUUUCAAACAUUCAGCACCUGUUCAAAGAAAUUUUAAAGAAAAAAUUAAAAUGUUUUAUACUGCACCAAAAACCAAAUUUUGUCUUUACACGAUGGUCUAUGUGAUAUUUCUGCUAUUCUUUUCGUACACUUUAUUAUUCAGUACUAUACCGGAUCAAAUCACUAUACAUGAAGGUUUUAUAAUGGCCUAUUUUAUAGCUAUGAUAAUAGAUAUAAUUAGACAGAUAUUUUUAUCACCUGGUGAUGGGCCUAAAAAGAUAGCAACUUGGUGGGAUCAAUACGAAUGGGGUCGGUCGGAACUCUUCGUUAUUUUGCUAGCACUUUUAAGCAUGUUUCUACGUAUUGGAUUGGAUACAACAUUUAUUUAUUCUAAAACAUUUUAUGUGUUAACAUUAAUUACAUGCUACAUUCGCUUAUAUGGUUUAUAUUCUUAUCAUCCGAAUUUGGGUCCGAAACUAGUCAUGAUAAGGAGUAUGCUUGAAGAAUUGAUUUCAUUUAUAUUCAUAUUGAUUGUUGUCUUCUUAGCUUAUGGAAUUUCUUUACAUGUCUUACUCUAUCCUUAUCGUCAUGAAUUUUCAUGGAGCGAUGUUCGUGAUGUUCUGUAUUAUCCAUAUUGGAAUUUGUAUGGUGAAUUAUCAUUAGAUUAUACUUUUGCUAAGAAUGAUACUUGUGGAACCAAUGCAGAUGGAAUAAAUUGUCCGAAGUAUCACUUCUUGUGUCCUCUGUUUCUGGCUAUGUAUCUAAUGAUUGCUGGGACUCUGCUUAUUAAUCUGUUAAUCGCUAUUUUCAGUAACGUUUUUAACGAAAUUGAAUUUCAUUCGAUUGAAUUAUGGAAGUAUAAUAUGUUCUUUAUGGUUGUUGAAUUUAAUAAGAAACCGAUUGUCCCAGUACCAUUAUCAGCAGUUCAAGCUUUAAUAGAACUUAUUCUAUAUUGUACCAAAAUGUCAAAAGUAAGCAGAAAGAAUGUAAAAAGUCCUCGUUCAAGUACAUCAGGGAAUUUGAAAUUUAUUGUUAAAAGUGAAACAGAGGAUGAAAGAGAUGACGGAGCAAAACUGUUUAAAUUUACAGAACGUGGUAACCGACGUCCUAGUUUAGGGCCUACUGUAUCUUUUUCUCAGUUGUCACCAAAUCAUGCAGAUAUUGGUUUAAUGGAGUCAGUUAUACCCGAAUCUUUACAGCAUAAUUGUAAAGGACAAGAAGCUGAAGACAAUGAUGAUGAAGAUGAUUUACGCAGAGUCAGAGUCUUUGAAGCGAACUGUAAACGGAACAUCUUGAAAAAAAUGAAGCUCGAUCGUGAGAAAACAAUUGAGGCUGGAAUACGUCAACUUAAAGCUCGCCUUGAAGAGAUGUUUAGCAGUUUAAUGAGUGUUGGUGAAAAAGUUGAAUCAGUGUCAAGAGACAUUGAAUUUUUCAGUUCAGCUAGUGAAAUCAAAAGUACAGAAAAGUCAACUGAAUCUACCAAUAUAAAUGUAAAGGUUGUAACAGAACCUCAGAAAUUAUACACUGAAACACCAGUUAUAUCAAUUAACGAUCAGAUUUCAACUGUUUUACAACAACAUCCAGUAGAAACAAGUAAAUUAAAUCCUGUUGAAUAUCCUGAAGUUGGUAGUAGUGAAUCAGAAAUGGAACUUAUUUUUGAUGUAUCAGAGCCACCAGAAGUUCUUCCAGUUUCUAGUCAAUUAAGAAAAUCAAGUCGAAUCAGUCCUUCAUCAAAUAUUUUACUGAACGUAGAAAAUAAUAUGAAUGACAACUACAUAUUUUAUGAUAAGUUGUCUUAAUCUGAUAUUAACUGCAGAUCUGUAUUAAGUGUAAUGAGCACCACUCAUACAGGUAAAUGUGCAAUGUUUGCAAUCCUAUUAUUGAUAUCACCUACUAAGGGUUAAUUCGUUUUUCGUGUUAUGGUUGUGAUUGCCGCAAUCGUAUUAUUACGAUCAGUGUUACGUCACAACUAUUUUCACUUCCAACUGUUUCUGAGUUAGGAAAUUGUUUUGCUUACAGUACCAAAGACUUUAUCAUGUGUUAAAUAAAUGUUCAGUUGUUAGCAUCGAGAUAAAUUAUCAUUAUUGCUUUUCUGAAUGCUACCUUCAAAUUCACUGUAAUUGUAUACUUCCAUUAAAGUUUGUUUUAACUUGAAAGAUUUUUAAAAAUAAGGAAUAUUUCAC